AUGCCAUUGAAAAGUUGGAGGACGCGAUCAUUUUUUAUUGAGUUGAAGCCGCGAAGCGAGUUUGCUUCACUCUUUGUAGACUGCCCACCGUCGGGUAAUAGUGAAACAGGCUGCUGUAGUAAUCAACAAAUGCAAAAUGAAAGUACAGGAAGUCAGGAAACAGUGGAACGGAAAGAAAUGGUACAUUUUCGUGAACAUUCUAUCGAAAUGAGUUCAAUAGUCCAGCAAAGGAAAAAUGGUGCCAGCGAAAUGUUGCCAUCAUAUUGGGCCAAAUUUGGUGAUCUUACCUUAUAUCCAGAUUCAGUUUGCGCACUUACUUGGGCUGAUAAUCAUCGGCUGUUUAUGUGUAAAGUGCGGGUAGCAAUUGGUGAAUAUCCAUUAGUACCGAAAACAUUUCAUCAAUUGGCAGUUAAUGUAUUAUCUGGAACGCUUUUGGAUGAAUAUAUUGAGAAUGCUCAGUUACUUCCUGUGCAAGCGGAAUGUGCAGAAUGUUCGGCUACUUUAUUGAAUUAUUCUAGCAAUAAUUUGAAAUUACAAUCGUUACCGGAAGAUGGUUGGUUGAAUACUUCACCAUCUAUGGAGUAUUUUUGUCGUGAUACAUGUGGUGGUGCUACUUCACAUUCUCAUGGACAUCAUGGUGCGCACAGUUCAGAUUUGAUAUGUGCUGAUGAUGUGCAAAAGCAAUGGCUUCCAAAUGAACAACGAAUUGUUAUAUCAGAUUCGUAUUUUCUAGUGUUAAGGAAGAUGAUUAUUUCGAAUGCAGUAACCAUUGAUGAGUCCAAUAUUGUACUCUGUGCCAAAUGUUCCGUAGAGAUUGGAGUUAUUCUGAAAAGAAAUGCUGAAAUUGUACAGUUUCAUCAUGUAAUGUGCAAUCUACUAGUUACUGAUAACAGGAAAGCUUACAUAAAUACUAGAUUUGGCACGCUAGAGCAUUUCUUCGCCUGGACGUUGCUUUACCAAUGUGAAUUACAGACAUCAGGAAAACUUGUCCUUCGCUCUUACGACAAACGACCGUAUUUACUGGUAUGGUUAUUAGAUUCAUAUGUUGUGAUAUCACAAGGUGAACUAGUCGAAUCUGAAACUGAAGGAAAUGAUAGAUUGGUUUACUCAUUUCCAGCGCUAAAAAUGCUUUAUAAGAUAUUUGAUGCUGAAUCGGCCAAAACGGAUCCACGUGCGAACGGUGAAGAUGCCAGUGUGGGUAUACUAGACAUACCAUUAACAUGUUGUGUGAAAUUAACCGAAAUGCUUCUUGAAUCAUCACUAGCUUUACCUCCAACUGGACGAAGUGUUGGCCAGUUUUACGUCGGAUUUUUGAAAUUAAAAAAAUGUGAUGGACUGACGAAUUGA